GGGUCAACUGCCAUGAAGAAUCUCUCUGCACAAAAUAUUUCAUUCACAGACUUUAAACUGAAUGGUUUUCAAAGCCUUGAAGAAUGGAGGCCUUUUUUAUUUAUCCCUUUCUUUCUGAUGUUUAUAUUAUCCAUCUCUGCAAAUUCUACCCUUAUAUAUUUAAUCGUAUCUCAAAAGUCUCUGCAUUCUCCUAUGUAUGUGCUAAUAGGUCUUUUGUCAGUUGUGGACUUUAUAUUGCCUUUAUUGUUUGUACCCAACAUGCUUCUUAGCCUAUUAUUUAAUUGGAAUGGGAUAUCUCUAACUGGUUGCUUGAUACAAAUGUUUGGCCUUCAUUUCUUUGGGGCAUUUCAUUCUACUUUGCUUUUAUGGAUGGCAAUUGACCGUUACUUUGCUAUAUGCAAACCUCUUUAUUAUAAUAAAUACAUGGAAAUCUCGAACUUUCUAAAGUUUAUUAUCGUGCCAGUAAUAAGAAAUGCAGUCUUAGUAAUAUCUGUGGUUGCUCUUGCUGGAAAACUGUCAUUUUGUGUAACAAAUAUAAUCGAUCACUGUUUUUGUGAACACAUGGCAUUGGUUCUGCUGGCAUGUGGAGAUAUAUCCAUUAAUAAUUUAGUAGGACUUUUGACUGCUUUCCUUAUACCAACAGCAGAUUGUAUUCUAGUUACUGCCUCUUAUGCUGUUAUUUUUGCCUCUGUAUUCAGAUCUGGUAAAGCCCAUAGGAAAGCCAUUAAUACCUGCAUAACUCACCUGAUUGUUAUGUCAGUUACUUUGACUUUGGCCCUGACUGCAUUUCUAUCCUACAGAAUAAAAAAUAAUUUUUCUCCUAAUAGUAUUGUAUUUGUGAGCACAAUGUAUAUACUUUUCCCAAGUUGUUUUAACCCGAUUGUUUAUGGUGUAAGAACAAAAGAAAUUAGACAAACAUUUCUAAAGUUCAUAAACAAUGUAAAGGUCUUACCUUUAUCCAAGGAAACAACUGAUGUUACUCUCAAUAGAACACAAUAAAAUUAUUAGUUAAAUACUACGAAAAAUGUGUAGCAUGUGUAAAAGGCUAUUACAUAGGUAAAAUUAUCCAAGGCAGCUUGAUCUUCAUUGUGAUUACUGAAAUGUGUAAAGUACUAUAUUAUUUAAUGCAAACAAACUAUAAACGAUUGUUGCAUUUUUUGUGCAUUGGUUAAAAAAAAUUCAAUGCAUGUUUUAAUGUUUGUUAAUAACUGAAUACCCUGUGGCUCCAGUCCCCCACAAUCCUGGAGAGUUUCAAGAAUGAAUGAAAUUUAAAUGUAUUUUUAUUAAGACUUUGAAUACAUU